AUGGGAUUUCUCUCUCCAUAUCUCAGAUUAGAUUAUUCACACUAUAUUGAGAUGCCAUAUGCAUGUGAAUCCCAAGCUUCCUCAACAACUAAUGCAGUAAACAUCAACCAUCUUUUGGAGCCCAGAAGCAAUGCUACCCAGCUGCAGCUAACGGCACCUGAUAUACCGCCACUGUCCGCUAAGAUUGGGGUGUCGGUGGAGGAUUUGGCGGCACUGCAGUCACUCGACGCGGUUUGGGACAUGGACAGUGGCAAAGUUAAUGGAAAGCAGAAACGAUAUUAUCUUGGAAGACAUGCUCAGCCACAAACUUCAGAUAGUGUCACAACCUAUCUGCCAUUUGAAAUUGAGUCAAGUUACGUUAUACUACCCCACAAUGAAAAUGAUAUAAUUCAUCCUGGUGAUUCACCUACUGCAGAGUCCUCAAACAGAGAGUUGGAACUUGUUUAUGAAGUGGAGGUAAAUACAGAUGAAAGAAUUCAAGGUACUGAAAUUGAUCAGACAACUUCAGUUUACAAUGAAGCUAUUGACACUCAGAUAGAUGGAGGUGCUAAGCUAGAAAGUGGUGUUGAUAUUGAUGCUCAAGAUGUCAUACUUAGAAGAGGACAUCAUAUGGCAAGUACAUUUACAGAUCAAAUUGUGGAGGAUGAAAGUCAAAUGGAAUGCUUACAUCAGGAAUCGUCAGAAAUUAUGGUUUGGCACCAUAGCAUGGACUCAGAUUCCUAUACUCAGGGCUGA